AGGACAUACUUGAGAACCAAAUACCCAGCAUAGUUUCUUUAUUUCGUUCUUCUGGAAUCAGUAUCAGUCUUUGAUCCAUAAUGGCCAGAACGAAAAAGAUUACGCCGUCUGUGAAAUCCAAUCCUCCCCCAGCCCCCACUCUUUCCCAACAAACCAAUACCCACCUAGAACUCAUCAGAAGAAAAUAUCUCUUACAAAACAAAUCCUUAGCCAAAUCUAAUUCCGUCAUGUUGACCAAAAUCGCCAACUUGGAAACAAAAAUCAGCGCGUUGAUUACCGAAAACAUGGAUCUACGUCAGCAAAAGACGGCGCAAAGCAGAGACAGCAAUAAGCAGUGGCUAGAUGAAAAAUUAACCACAAUCGAAAACGGCGUGUACACCAAGUUUGAGGAAAUCUCGCAGAUGUUCCAGAACAUCCGACACAACGAGGGCUUGGCCGAACGAGAGACGGAUGGCGAGAGCCGCAGCCACAGAGUAAUACACCGGGCGAGUCCCGAACACUCGGGCAGGCGAAGAUCUUCCGGGCGCCGCCAGUCGCUGGUGUUUGACGACAUUCCAAAUCUAGACGAGUCGAUAGAUGAUUCGUUGGUGAGUACGAGAAGUCAUCGCAUACAGGAGCCCCAGAACGGUGAGAGUGUACCUCAGCGCCAUGACAAGGUGUUUCACAAUGCGGUGUCAGAGAGUGAAACCCGUGUCUGCGAGAAAGAGGAAGAGCCAAGCAGUUAUGAGAUUUCAGACUAUAUGAUCCCGGAGUGCGACGAAGAAGAGGUACAGAGUGUGGAGAUCACGCUUGCACCUACUCCCAAAACUCCAUUACCGACCGUUACUGCGUCCAACGGCUUCAAAAAGAACACGUUCGACCCACUUCUGUUCCCGAGUACAGACCGUUCCUUUACGGUGUACAGCGACGACAUUGAGGAGGGGGAAGCAGAGGAAGUGGCGGAGAGUGAGGCAGUGUUGCACAACCGUUUGAAACACUCCAAGCCCUCCAAACCUAAGUCGCUCCCUAAAUCUGAAGAAGCGAUGCCACGUCCGCAGUCAGUCGUCGAAGAGUCAACUACUCCCAGACGUGGAAGGGAGCGCAAACAGGUAAACUAUGCGUUGCCGUCGUUGCGGGCCAAGAUGAGAAGACCUACCGCAAAGCUUGUAGAUGCAGUGGUUGAGGCCCCGAAGGAGGAGUAUCAGGGCCUUAUUAUUCCGGCUUAUAAGGGUAAUCAGGCGCCUGAUAUUAACACUGUCGAAGCUACCACAAGGAAACCCUUGCGGGAUGUUAGCCGGGCCACCAACCUGAAGACAAAAAGGCGUCUGAAGAUCCACGACCCCAUUGCUGAAGGACUGAAUACUAAGACCGAUGACCCCGACAGUAAAAGGCAGCUUAUUGAUGAGACCCUCGAGCGGAUGCGUGAGGCCUCUAGGGGUGUGGAGGAGCCGAGUGAGAGUGCCAGCAGCGUCUUUGAUUUUGUAGACGACCCUACCAAACUUUACGUUGACACCAGCAGAAGCAGCAUUGCUAAGAAGCGCGGCAGCAGCUUUGGGGCCAAGCGGGAGAAGAGAAGACACAGCAUGAUUUUAUAAAAACAUGUCUGAUUUAGCUGCGUUACUUAAGCUAUUGAAUGUAAAUAUCUUGGCG